GCGAGGUGUGCUUCUUCACAUUAUCGGUCGUACUCAGCCCAAAUACGAUGGGAGAUCUCCCCCUCCCUCUGGUCCCUUCUCUUGUCGGUGUGGGCAGGGCUUUCUGGUCAUCCCAUAGGUAGUUCGGCAUAUCGUGCAGUUUCAGCUCAUACCAGGCCAAUCGAUCAUUGGACGCUGUUCGUCACGGCCGACUCCGAGUACGCCUGUUGCAUAUGAACCCGGGAGGGCGGUCCGCUGAUUUCCCUCGGUGGCCCCGGUCGCCUUUAGUAUGUGGUAUUAUGUUCCUGCUUUGCCCGCCCUUGACCCCCCGGACUCGACUGAACUCGCAACUGGUUUCGUUUCUUCCCUUCUCGCCAUAUUCCUUUUUACCCUCUGUUUACAUGCUCAUCCGACACCUCGCCGAGGAAGCCCGCUUUCAUUCGGGCCGAUGCCGACAUGGCUGUGUAUAACCCAAACAUCUCCAACGGCACCUGCUAUUACACGGAGGACACCCCGACAAAGGGGGAUUUUAUCCCAUGUGGUAACGAGGCGCUCCAAGUAUGGCCAUGCUGCCACACGGGCAGUUUUUGUCUAUCGCUAGGUGAAGCCAACGCCUGCUGGGACAAGACCUCCGGAAACACCUACGUGGCAGGCUGCACCGACCCCUCCUUCACCGACCCCAACUGCCUCUACAAGCGCGACCCCUUCCACUCCCAAGAAUGGGUCGCCAUCAACCAAGCCUGCAAAAACCUCAACGCCGCCUCCAGCCCCGACACGACCAACUGGACCGGCUGCAAGGUCCCCGACAACUCCACUGAACUGGUGAAGCUCUCCCUCGACGCCUGCACCCCCUAUUGCAACAAAGACCAGAUCCUCUACCCCGGCUCCUCCUCCCUCGCCGCCUACGCCAGCCUACCCACCAUCCCGGGGUCGUCCAUCUUCUGGCAAAACAACUACGUGCCCCCCACCGCGCCAGCAGCGGGGUACACCCCCGGCAAAACCCGCGGCGUCGUCCCAACCUACACGGGUAAAUCGUCCACCUCCUCCGCCGCCUCUCCCGAACCGGGAGGUCUCUCCCCCGGAGCCAAAGCGGGGAUCGGCGUCGGCGCAGCGAUAGGUGGUAUCCUCCUCCUGUUGAUCCUAGGCUGGGCAAUCGUCCUCUGCCGCCGCAAGCGUCGGAGACAAAAGGAGUUGGAGAUUGGGCAUUAUAACAGUAUCCAUGGUGGUGGGCAUCACCCUGGGAUGGUGGGUGUGCGUUCUCCCGGUGGCUUCAGCCAAAGCCAUUACUCACAGCAGGAUGUCAUGACUGUCAGCUCGGCGACGGCUGUGCACCCGAGUCCGCCGCCGCCGUUUAACAGUGGUUUGUAUUAUGCGCAUAAUGCUGCUCCUGGGGAGUUACCCGGAACGACGGUGGGUGGGGGGCAGAGCCCGGGGCAAAAGAGCGAGUUGCCGGCUGAUGAGAGGUUUUCGGUGCAGUUGCCUACCUAGUUUAGGGUCGGGGGUUAGCGGGAUGGGGAGGGAGAAGGAGAAAAGAUAUAUACAAGAAGGAUCUUUCUUGGUUGGGAAGAGUAACUUUUGUGACUGUCUGUACAACUGUAAAGAAGCUAAACUGAUUGCACACAAUCAGUCUUGGAACCAAAUUUCAGGUGUGUUUGUU